GAGAUUUGAGGCCACGGGGGUUGCCGAGCGAGGCUUUGCAGGCUUUGCGCCGCCCGGACGCACCACCAGAAGGCACGGGCAAGAGCAAGACAAGCCCAGGCGCAGCGCCGCAACGACGGGGCAACAAGCCCCUGAAGCCGGUGGCGAUACCGGCGAAGAUGCAGCGCAUCAUUUGCAGUGUCCUUUACGCGGACUUUGUGGCAGUCACCCCGCUGGACGAGAAGCGGGGUCAAGCCAUCCAGCUUUGCCGCGGCGGAGAGAUCGUCCCUCUGCUUCGCUUGCUCCGAUCUGUCGAGCUCGAAGCGCAGGAGGGUGGAUCAAAGUUCCGCAUUGUGCUCGGUGCAGGAGGAGUGCAGGCGAUUGUUGGACUCUUCCUCGAUGGCGAGCUCUCGUGGGAGAGGGCUCGCGAGCACUUGCAGCACGAGGCCAUGGACACUCAAAGUGACUGA